CAUCUGAUGACACAGCUUCAGAGGCAGAAAGGGAAGGGAAGGAGACCAUAGAGGCAGUAAAGUUGCACUGUGCAGAAAGUACCAUGUUCAGUGAAGAAGUCAAGCCACCAGAAGAUACUCAAACUAUUAGUAAGUCAGCACAAUCAAAAGCCAAUACAUUUCACGGCUUUUGCACAGCUGCUGGAUCAAAGGUAACGAUCAGCAAAGAGGCAGCAUGGAGAGCACAGUUGCUUUGGGAAGAGGUGGAUGCAAAUAUGGAGCUUAGUUUGAAUAAGGAAGCCAACAUGCAGUGUGAGCAUAAUGUCUUAGGAAAUGAACAGAGUGGAAGGUUGAAAAACUCAGCCACUCCCACAGAGCUGAGAAAAGGAGACAGACUUGAUGGCAGUGAGAGAAGUGAGCUGAGUGAGACCAAUAACAAAACCAAUGGUGCAUUAAACAUGGAAGUGGGGUUCCACACGGCAAGAGGAAAGAAAAUUUCAGUUGAUCAAACCUCCGUCACACAAGCUCAGUCAUUAUGGGCAGAGGCUGCUAGCUGUGAAGCAACAAUACCUGGCACUGAAGGAGCUCCAACACACCUGAGUACAGCCAGUGAUGGUAAACACUUUGUGCCAGUGAAUGAGGGGUUCAGCACAGCAAAAGGAAACAAAAUAGCAGUGAAAGAGUCCUCCAUCACACAAGCUUACUCAUUAUGGAAGGAGGCAAUCAGUUGUGAGGUAGCAUCACCUGAUCAUGAAGGACCUAAAAAGAAGCCAAGGAUACCCAGUAAGCCUGAACAUUAUGGAAAGGUAUUGUGUAAGAGGGUGACAAGUAAAUCUGAUGGGCAAUCUCUUGAGGGCAUGAAAUCAGCAACCAUUUCGAAUAGUGUUCAAACAAGCCCUAAAGAUCGAAAUUCAUUAUCUGAAAAAGCUUCUGACAAGAAAGUUCCAGAACUGCAGGGCAGGGGAAAUUUUUCAAACACCUUUACAGAAUCCAGUGAAAGGUGUAUUGAAGAUAGCAGAAGGCUGUUCUCCAGGCCUGCAGGCAUGCCCAUGGCAGCUGGCAUUGGCUCUUCAAUUGCAAGUGAUGUAAACAUCAGAAGUGAAAACUUUGCAAUCAAAGCAAGAAGACUGUUUGAAGAUGAUAAACCUUUGCAGUCUGGAAGUGGAUACCAGUCUCCAACAUUAGUUACCCAAAACAGAAACAAUUGUAAAAGUUAUGAAAAUUUUUAUACUCAUAAUGAGAAGGGAGACACUGUAGAAGAAUCACUUAUGAAAGUGUCUGAGAAUGUUGAAAGUGGACCUAAAACUAGUGGCCAGUCAUUGCAAAUUAAUCCUCUUAAUAGUGUUAUAAAACAGGAUUCUGCAUGCCACCUGUCUAAUCCGGAAAACAAUAGUACUUUGGACAGGCCACUGGGUAAGGAAGGAGUGAAAGCAGAUGUGAACCAGAGCAUUGAACUUAAUGCUCAUCUUAACACAAUAGAGGGAAAAUUAUUGGAAGGAGUGAGUCAGAAAAUGAAAGUUGGUCAUCUGGCAAAACCUUGUAACAGUUAUGAAAGCAUGCAUAAAGGAAAUGAUUUUCAAGAGGUUGAGACUGAAUUUUGUGGUUUUCUGACCGGCAAUAAAAAGCAAAUUAAAGUCACCAGUGAAUCUUUGCAAGCAGCUAAACAGCUGCUGCAGGAGUGUGCCAGCAAUGAAGGCACUCCUGAGAAAGUUGCCAAACCUUCAUAUGAGAUAGAGAAAAGUUACAGCAGCACUGAUGAUAAGCAAGUUACAACAGUUGAAUCUUUCAUGGCUGUGAGUGAUCACAAUGGAGGCACUGUCAGUGAGAGUCAUGAUGCUGUACAUGGGUCACCUAUCCUAGGCUCUCAGAAAAGAAGUAAAGGAAAAAAUGUCAAAAGGAGAUCUUACGUCACUGCUUGCCAAGAAUUACAGGAUGACUUAGUCAACAGCCAUGAAAUACUAGAUAUCUCAGACGUCACUGAGGCUUUUCUGAAGGACCAACUUUUGGACCCUGAGGAGGUUGCAAAAGGCUCCAUCAGCCAGAGGAAAAGGUCUCGGGGACGCGGUCAAGAUGAAGAAGACUCAGUCAGCAAAAAGACGCGGAGAAAUGUGAUCAUCAGUCAGCAUGAAGGUAUGAAAGCAGCCUGCGAUGAAGCAGAGACUUCAAGGAAUUUCGCCCAGAAACAGCAGGAGAAACUUGUGCAGAGCAAGGAGAGACAAGCAAUUCAACCUAUCCCGGGGUUCUUAUACAAGCUGAGGAAGGAGAGGAAAGAGGAGAGGAUAAAGCUGCAGUCACUUGGCAGCCUGAAGACUAAUAGGAAGAGCAGGCCAGAGGCACUGGGGGUUGCUUUCAGCAGUGCCGCACAGUACCGCUUUGAGGUGCCGGAUUCAAGGUGUGGCACUGUGGACUGUGGUGAUGGGUGUGUGGUGGUGCCUGGCACUGAUGGCUGUGCUGGGGUGGAGGAAGUGGAGCUUGGGUUCCUGGUGAUGCCUGGUGUUCACCCAGGCCUUCUCCCUCCCUCCUGGGUACCCAACCACUACCACCUCAUUGUGUGGCAGCUGGCUUCCAUGGAAAGACGACUGCCUGAUUGCGGCCAAGCCUUGACACUGAAGAAUGUUGUUGCCCGGCUCAAGUACCGUUACGAUCGAGAAAUCGACGGAGCAGAGCGGUCCAUAUUGAGGAAGGUCACAGAGCAAGAUGAUGUGCCACAGAAGACGAUGGUCCUCUGCGUGACAAAGGUUAAGAUGGACUUUGAGGUUGAAAGGAAAGAGGCCGUGAAGUCCUGCACUGCAGACACGAGUUUGCAUCCAUUGUUGGAGCUUACCGACGGCUGGUACAGAAUAGGUGCUGUGGUGGACAAAGCCAUGGUGCAGCUCAUUGGAGAGGAAAAGGUGAAGGUGGGCACCAAGCUCGUUCUCCAUGGUGCUGAGCUGGUUGGGGCAACUUCCCCGUGCCACCCCUUGCAGGCCACCUCCACGUUAUGCCUUCAUCUCCACACCAAUAUGACUCGCCGAGCUCGGUGGUGGGCCCGCCUUGGCUUGCUGCCACAGAGAGGGCCAAUUCCCUCUCUCAUUGAGAACACUUUUUGUAACGGGGGCCUCGUGGGGAAGGUGAAUGUGAUGGUGGCGCGCCUCUACACUCUUUACUAUGAGCCUUCACAAGGGUUGUACAUGAGUGAAAAGGCUGCCUUGAAAAGGCUUCAGGAAACUGAAAAAGAGAGAGAGAGGACAAUUGAGCAGAUUACAGCAGAAGUGGAGAAAGAACUUUACCAACAAGAAAAAGAGGAAACAACCAAGAGGGAUUGGCGAACCAUGAACCCCGAGGAGAUCAGAGGCCUCACCCAAGGUCAAGACAUCUCUCGCCUACUAAAUGAGACUGCAGAUCCAUCAAGCUUAGAGGGUCUUCUGACUCUGCAUCAGCUACAACUGGCAAGAACCUGGCGGGAGCAGCACGCUGAGGGGGCCCGGCGCAGGCUGCAUCAGGAGGUGACACGCCGCCUCGCAAAGACAGAGAAACCUCUUGAAAUAGUACCUCUGAUGAAGGUUCGAAUCAUUGAUGGCAAGAGAGAUGGAGCGCUAGUGACUGUGUGGAGACCCUCUUUGGAGUUCAGGGAGAUGCUUGCAGAGGAGUCCUACUUUAUAAUACAUUACUUGAUGGCUGUUGGGUUCAG